UGUGCACCAGGUGAUCGAAGAAAGUAGGUGUUCCCCAGUGUUGUGCAACUCCGUUGCUUUGGGACAAGUGUGUCGCAAUGGCUGCCGUCACGACUCUCGCCCUCGAGGUUGCCUCCAGUAGCAUCGCCACAGAGAGGCUUGUUUCGCGGCAAGCCCAGGCGCCGAAGCUGCUGCAGCGCCCACGAUCAGCGUUCCUCGCGCAAUGCCCGGCAAAGUGUCUCGUUUCUUGCAAAUCCCACAGCGCGAGGCGCGUGCUCCCAGCGGUGGCGGCGUCCGACAGCAGCACGGAGACGUCGGCGGCGGCGGGCGGUGGGGCGGCGGAGUACCUGGAGGUGCUGAUAGAGUCGGACGCGGGCGUGAGCUACGACCACCUGGCGGACAAGCUGGCGGCGGGGCAGUGGGAGGAGGCGGACAACGAGACGCGGCGCCUGCUGUGCGUGCUGGCCGGCGAGGCCGCGGCCAAGCGCAAGUGGGUCUACUUCACGGAGGUGCAGAACAUACCCGAUAAAGACCUACUCACUAUUGACCGAUUGUGGCGGGCGUACAGCAAGGACCGGUUCGGGUUCAGCGUGCAGCGGCGCAUGUGGCGCGCGCUGAGCCGGCAGUGGAAGCCGCUGUUCCUGCAGAUCGGGUGGACGUACGGCCCCAACAGCACGUACAAGAAGUUCCCCAUGGAGUUCUCGUGGGAGCUGGACGCGCCCGUGGGCCACCUGCCGCUGACCAACGCCCUGCGAGGCACGCAGCUGAUCGAGAAGCUCUUCACGCACCCCGCGCUGGCCGCGUUCGACGCCGACGAAACCAUGCCCGACCUCGACCUCGUGCCCAGCGUCGCCGCCGCGCAGCCCGACAAUGCCGCCGCCACCCCCAGCAGCAGCGGCGCCGUGGGAGGCACGAUGUUCGACGAAGGCUUCAACAGCGCCGACUACGGAUUCUGACGGGCUGCCACCGGCGAGAAAGACUUUUGUACGCCUGGCUUGCUGGUCUGUUCGGAUUCUGGUACGCCCCAGCGCAAAAGCAAAUUUCAUUUACGAAUCUCACUGAUGCGCUUAGACAGGAACCAUUCUUAGACGAAGCUUUAGAACUUAAUAGAAACAAUCAAUAAUAUGAUCUAUCUCGUUGCACCUUGCCACCCUCUUCCGAGUCAUAUGCACAUGCCUCUCCCCCACCACCAUCCCCUCACUCCCUCUCCCCCCAGUCCCCCCUCCCCCAAUCUGCCGCUUUGCCUUCCUGAUUCCGCGCACCCGCGUCCUCUACCUCCUUGCCCCUGAACAUCUCAUCCCGCACUCUCGUUCUCCCUGGCUGCUGCUUGCUGUAAAGCCCCGUCACAACGCUGAGUCCUCGCCACUAACACAUUAUGUAUGCAGAUAAUUACCAUUGGAUACGACGAACAUUCGAUAAAGGGAAACAUACCAA